AUGAAGUUUAACACAGCUGUGAGUGUUGUUGGAACCAUACUUCUCAACAUAGCAGGUUCUCUCUGCCAGUUAGAUGUAUGUGGUCAAACCACCCCCAACAACAAGAUUGUUGGAGGACAGAAUGCAAUGGCAGGGUCCUGGCCGUGGCAAGUCAGCAUUCAAGAUAAAGAUAUAAUGCAUGUUUGUGGUGGGAGUCUAAUUAAUAAAGACUGGGUUUUGUCUGCUGCACACUGCUUCGAGAGAUCCAUGAGUAUUAGCAGUAACAUUAGGAUCUCCCUAGGAUGUCGGAGCCAAUUUGGCUCAAACCUUCAUGAGAUAACUAGGACAGUGAGUGUAGUCAUUAAACAUCCUAACUAUGACGAGUCUACCCGUGACAAUGACAUAGUGCUGCUCAAGCUCUCCUCUUCUGUUAACUUCUCUGAAUAUAUUAAUCCAGUCUGUCUGGCUGCUGCUGGUAGUACAUUUGCAGCAGGUACAGAGAGCUGGGUCACUGGAUGGGGCCUGUUACAAAAUGGAAACAAGGAGAUUUCUGACAUACUGCAGGAGGUGAUGAUACCAAUUGUGAGCAACAGUGACUGUGAUGAUGCUUAUGAAGGUAUCAUCACAAGCAAUAUGAUUUGUGCUGGAUUGUUAAAUCAGGGAAGGAAAGAUGCAUGUGAGUACGACUCCGGAGGUCCAAUGGUCAGUAGGAACAGCGGUCCAAUGGGCAGUAAGAACAACUCCCGGUGGGUUCAGUCUGGCAUUGUGAGUUUCGGUAUAGAAAAUUGUGCUGACCCCAAAACACCUGGUGUGUACACCAGAGUGUCUCGGUACCAGGACUGGAUCAACUCUAACAUUGACAGCAACCAGCCUGGAUUUGUCGAAUUCAGUUCCAAUGGAUUCAGAAGCUCACCUAACCUGCUUUUAUUAUCCAUUAUUCCUUUCUUAUGCUCUCUAUAUCUCUUUUCAUAG